AUGAUGUUUCCAGGUAUGAAUAGGGAGAAGGAGAUGUCUGCUAUGGUCUCAGCUUUGACCCACGUUGUUUCUGGAGAGGUUCCAAGCGGUGAUUAUGUGGUUCUUGAUCAACCGAGUGCAAUUGGAGGAGGUGGUGGUGGUGAUGCAUCUCCUUCUGUUACACCAAACUUACCUUCUUUGUCUUCUUCUUCAUCUGAUUAUGUUGGUAGUUCUGCUUUCAAGAGAAGAAGGGGAGAUGAUAGUUCCUUAGGUGCUGCUUCUUCCCCUGCUAUUCCAACAAUUGCAGAAUGUUCAAACAAUUCGACCAGCAGCACAAGAACAGAAAGGGGUGAAAUGGGAAAUGCUGUGUAUGAAUAUAGAACAACAGAGAAUGUGGUGAGGGGAGAACCAAGGAGAAAGUACAGAGGGGUGAGACAGAGGCCAUGGGGUAAAUGGGCUGCAGAGAUCAGAGACCCAUUCAAAGCAGCGAGGGUUUGGUUAGGUACAUUUGACACAGCUGAAGCAGCUGCAAGAGCAUACGAUGAAGCUGCACUGCGUUUCAGAGGAAACAAGGCCAAACUCAAUUUCCCUGAAAAUGUUACUCUCCGGCAACCUACGACGACUCAAAGGAACAUUUCGAAUUCUACAACUUCCCUUGUGUCUAUUCCAACUUCCACUGACCCAAUUGUUCACUCUGAAGCUCUUUUCUCUUCUCAGCCUUCAAGCAACAUUUAUGAGCAUUUCCACCUCUCAAACUUCCCUAUGAACAUUUAUGAUGAUCGUUUCAUUAUGACAUCUACGAUGGCUUCGCAUCUUCAAUCUUCGUCAACGCCACCAGCUUCUUCUUCUUCUUCUUCUGCGUUUGUUUCCUCUAUGACUUCUUCGCAGGCCACUUCAAUUCCUUCAAUUUAUUCUACUCAGUUGCCGCCCUGGUCAGUUUCCAGUUAUAGCUCUUCUUCCUCGGGAUGA